AUGAGAGCGGCCAAGCCAAAGGGUCCCUCAUGGAUCCCCAAGUCUGAGGAAUUGUCCUUCUCUUUACGAGAUGCACAUCCCCUCAUUCUACUUCACCCCCACCCCACCCCCCACUCAGACCUUGGUCACUUCCAAAACCCCACUGCCANCGAGGAGCGGGAGCGGAGACACCGCCUGAAACAUGGACCCAAUGCCCCGUCCCUGUAUGACAACCCCACCAAGAAGCGGGGUGGGCUCUGGUGGACAUACUUGCUGAGUCUCCUCUUCAAGGCCGCCGUGGACUCGGGCUUCCUCUACACCUUCCACCGCCUCUACCAGGGGCAUUACGACAUGCCCCGAGUAGUGGCCUGCUCCGAGUCACCCUGCCCCCACACUGUGGACUGCUACAUCUCCCGACCCACCGAGAAGAAGGUCUUCACCUACUUCAUGGUGGCCACAGCUGUGAUCUGCAUCCUGCUCAACCUCAGCGAGGUAACCUACCUGGUGGGCAAGAGGUGCCUGGAGAUCGUCGGCCCCAGGCACCGUCGGUCUCGGCGCCAGAGUCGCCUACAUGAUUCAUGCCCACCGUAUGCCCUCUCCCAGGGAGAGCACCCCCAAGACGGGAACUCUGUCCUAAUGAAGGCCAGCUCGGCCGCAUUGGACACAGGUGGGUAUCCGUGA